AUGACGCUCGGCGGUCCAGUCAAGCAGCAGCUCGAGGCCGUCAGUGGGUAUGUAUACCCGACGGACGGCGCCUUGGUGGUUGUCAGCACCAAGAAGAAGGCAGCACGUCAGUACCUUUUGCACAGCUACCGCCAUCGCAGUGCCAAGGUCUGGUGCUUCCUCGGUCACAAACUGGCAGCGAUCAAGACGGUGAAACAGCGCAAGAAGUUUUUUGAGAUCGUGGCGUCGGGGGACGUGCUCGAAGUCAGGGAAGCGCUGGAUGCCGGUGCAGACGUUAUGGAGAAGAACUCGUUGGGCCACUCGCCCCUCUACGUCGCGGCUGCCAAUGGCUUUGACCACGUCUUGAUGCUGUUACUGGAACGCGGAGCUGAUGUUAAUGACGCAGCGCUGGAUGGCACGACGCCCAUGCAUGUCGCAUGUGAACACAAGCACCACUGUGUGGUCAAGAUCCUGCUCAAGUACAAUGCACGUUACAACGUGGUCACACGCAGUGGGUACUCUCCGCUGCAUCUCGCAGCUAAGCGCGGCCACUCGGAUAUUGUGGCCGUUCUGCUUUCGGCACGGGCAAAGUGUGACGUCCCAGUGGGGGAUACCACCACGACAGCCUUACUGCUGGCUUGUAUGGCUGGGCACGCAAAUGUCGUCGAGCGACUGCUAGAUGCUGGCGCGGAUCCACAAGUUGAAGACAAAGAUGGCAAUACUCCGCUGCAUUUUACAAGUCGCAGUGGGAACUACCGUGCCACGUACCUUUUGCUGACUGCUGGAGCGGACCCGGAUAUGCCGAACGAGCGGGACGAGACGGCAUUUGACAUUGCCGAGCAACAAGGUCAUUCACACGUGCAGUAUCUGCUCGAAACGAAUGGUCUGGGCGUGAACGGUCAGACAGUGGACGAGAUGGACAUGGCCUGCGCGCAGGACGAUCGUCUCAGCGAGGCGUUGGCUUGCAACCGACCGGAAAUCUCGGAGGUUAUUGUCAAGCUGCACAUGAAGUAUGCAUGCUUUCUUGCGCUAGGUGCGCUUCCUGAAGACAAAAGCGUGACAGAGUUUCCGGAGAACACGAGCCAGCUGAUGUCCUAA